CGAGAGACUCCGUGCUCAUGCUCGCUGCAGGGGUCGGAGGUCAGGGCGAGCGUCUCGCGGGCCGUAGGAGGAAGAUGGCGGUGGAAUCGCGCGUUACCCAGGAGGAAAUUAAAAAGGAGCCGGAGAAGCCAAUUGACCGCGAGAAGACAUGCCCGCUGCUGCUGCGGGUCUUCACCACCAAUAACGGCCGCCACCACCGAAUGGAUGAGUUCUCCCGCGGAAACGUACCGUCCAGCGAGCUGCAGAUCUACACUUGGAUGGAUGCAACCCUGAAAGAAUUGACCAGUUUAGUUAAAGAAGUCUAUCCAGAAGCUAGAAAGAAGGGCACACAUUUCAAUUUUGCAAUUGUUUUUACGGAUAUUAAAAGACCUGGUUAUCGAGUUAAGGAGAUUGGCAGCACCAUGUCUGGCAGAAAGGGGACUGAUGAUUCCAUGACCCUGCAGUCACAGAAGUUCCAAAUAGGAGAUUAUUUGGACAUAGCGAUCACCCCUCCGAAUCGGGCACCACCCACUUCAGGGCGCAUGAGACCAUAUUAAAUUCUAUUUACUAUUUCUUGACUUUAUUUUUCAGUUGGUUAUGUAAAAUAAACUUACUCUUUUUCCUCUCCAGAUUAUUGCCAUUAAGCCUUUAAAUUCUAAACAAAUUGUAAUGCAUCUAUUUAGGAGAUUUGGAUGUGCUAUGGUAUGAAUAUGAAUAGUCCAUAUGUUUCAAGCCCUUCUGUAAAAUACAAAGAAAAGUGCUCUUAGCAUUCUGUGUAAAACUGUAUUGUUAAAUACAUGUGUGCAAUCCGC